UCGCCUCCAUUUUAGCUGCAGCACCAAACCUCUCGCGGCAGCAGCAGUAGCCAUGGUGAAGUAUUCGAGGGAACCGGAGAAUCCGACCAAGUCCUGCAAGGCCAGGGGAUCGGAUCUGAGGGUUCACUUCAAGAAUACCAGGGAGACUGCCCAUGCAAUUAGAAAGUUGCCCCUAGUGAAGGCAAAAAGGUAUCUCAAGGAUGUAAUCGCUCAUAAACAAGCCAUCCCCCUCCGGCGAUUUUGUCGGGGUGUUAGCCGUACUGCCCAAGCAAAGAACCGCCAUCCAAAUGGGCAGGGCCGCUGGCCUGCAAAAUCCGCAAAAUUCAUCCUGGACGUGCUCAAGAAUGCUGAGAGCAACGCCGACAUGAAAGGUUUGGAUGUGGACACGCUGUUUGUUUCUCACGUCCAGGUGAACCAAGCCCAGAAGCAGAGGCGCCGAACCUACCGUGCUCAUGGAAGGAUUAACCCCUCUAUGUCAUCACCUUGUCAUGUUGAGUUGAUUUUGUCUGAGAAGGAAGAACCUGUCAAGAAGGAGCCUGAUACUCAGUUGGCUCCAAGGAAACCCAAGAAAACUCAAGCUCUUCGCAAUGGGGAUUCGUCUUAAGUGGACCAUAGGUAGAA